AACAUGCAAGCCCCCACUUCAGUCAUGUAAAGCUACACACGAUCGACGAUCGGACUUGUAUGGGACGUAAGGUCAAGAGUGCGAUAUGCACCAUAUCCAUUUGUGGUGUGCUUCUCACUUCACUUGGUGUAUUCAAGGACGAACACCCCAAGUUCAUGUCUUCCAUCAAAGUAAUAUUGUUAUAUUUGAGGAACGAGACAAGGUCGGCUCAUCAAGAGGUGGGCCUAAUGUAUACACACCUGAGACCGGGUCUACCGCAACAUUUGCACUAACACUUACUGAUAAUCUCUGGGCUUUCGCUUAAAGAUCAAGGAGUGAGCGCCAGUGAGCCCGGGAGAAGGGAUUGGACUACGAUUCUCAAAACGAAAGGAACGUCGGAUGCUACCAGUAUAUAUCAGCUCCACCAAGCGGGCGUCCAGGACGCCCGGACUCUAGGCUCGUCCCCAACCUGCUCGGCUAGCUCGCAC